AUGCAGCGGCCACAGAUGGAAAGGGAAGGCGCAGGAUCGCCUGGCCCUGGUGCGCUCCAUGCGUCGCAGCAGAUGAAGAGCUGUCUGCAGGACCUUCGCACCAACCGCCCAGCCCGACUGACUGGCUCCCGUCCACCGCCUGCGCACUUCAAGACUUGGGCGAACAGGGAGAGCUCGCGCGUCUCUGAACUACCGACCAUCGCCUCGCUACAGGCUGCCUCGAAGGACAUCGAGGCCAAGAUUGAUACACAAUCACAGACAGCGCCAACACCGCAACUGCAUCGAAGGGGGGCGUCGACUGUCAGCUUAGAGAAGGUCGCAGAGAGCGCAGGCAAGGCCCUUGUGCAGCCGCCGCGGGUGCAGUCCGGCAACGUUGCAGCCGCGAUGGAGGACCUGGAUCUGAGCGCGGAGGAGAAGCUGUACGAGGCUGCGCGCGACGAAGCCGCAGAGAUUGUCUGGAAACACCGCAACCCAAACGCGCCAGAGAACAACCCCAAUGCACCCUACGCGUAUCCUGGGCCCGGCCGCAGCAAUCUGCAACGGCCGAAGCUGCAGCGCACGCGAAGUCGCAGUGUGGGGCCGAAGGAGGAUGAAGAGCAGGACUUGCAGCGCGCAAACUCGAAGCUGAGGAAGAGACACUCGAUGGGCAGUGAAACCGGCAGCAGAUGUGACAGUCUACCAGACGAUGCCCUAACAGGCUCAGACCCAUGUACCACAGUAGACGUACCUCCCAGCGCCUCUCCCACCAUGAGCUCGUUCGACCUCAAGAUCGCCAAAGCAUCAUCAGACCUGCCCCAACAACGCAAAGGCAGCGGCUCCCGCCGCAAAGCAAGUGGCACUCUCUUCCAGAAUCCCAACGACCAGAUCUACGAAGAGCCUGAGGAGGAAUCGCCCCCUGCUCCCGCACCGACCCCCAUGGCAGCCGAGCCUCCGAAGCCUGCUCCUUUACCCCUGGGCAUGCGGCGGAACCCCUUCACACGAUUUCAAUCAAUCAAGGGUAAUCCAAUAGUGAGGAGCAAUACGGAUCCAAUCGCAAGCAUGAAGCGUUUCGAUCGAUACGAAAUCCAUAGAAAUGAGCCGACUCAGUCAAGAAACGCGGCGUAUACGCUAAAUGCGAACAAAUCGAAGCUAGCAGCAAUGUCCAAGGCAGAUGCAGAGAACGAGUCGGAGGUCAAGAUGAAGGACGGAAAAGAGAUUCGGAGUGAUGAGUUGCGCGCUGCCACAGGCUUCAGUCUCAAGGAUCGCAGUCCCAAACUGCCCACGCCGACCAUGGUGUCAGACCGGCCUGGCAGGCCGAUUGUAUCGUUCCAGAAGGAUUACGGUGUGAUUGAGCUCAAGGAGGAAAAGUCCAUCUUGCCAGCAGACCCCACGCCGCAGCCGUUGCGCCCAGCCGCUGCACCGAAACAGCAGGAGAAAGCAGCGACAGAGCCUAUUAUACCGACGAGGAAGAAUGUCUUUGAGAGGCCAGGUAGUCGGUCUGGACCCGGUUCUAGUCCUUUUGACAGGCCGACUAGUCGAUCUGGAGCAGCUCCAAGCCCUUUUGAAAGGCCAGCAAGCCGAUCUGGAGCAGCUCCAAGCCCUUUUGAAAGGCCAGCAAGCCGAUCUGGAACAGCAUCGCCAGCGCCUUUGAAAGAGUUCAGUCGGUCAAGCUCGCCUGCUCCUCUGGGCAAUAGCCGGCCAGGAACACCAAAGGGGCCAUUUGCCAAUAAGAGUCCGUUGGGCAGACUCAACACAGCCUCCACUGCUCCUCCUGCCACAAGUGGUGGGAUACCUCCGGUCCCGGCGGAUCCAUACGCGCUCCCGGGCUCCUCUACAGCUCCGACGACACCGGUGACUGCACCACCAUCCUCCCGUCCUCAACCACAUAUUCCAAGCAUAUCAGUCAACGAGCCCGCUCCUGCCAGUAGAGGGCGAUUUAGCAGACCACAGUCGAUAUCCAGCAUCCCUACCAUCUCUGUCAGCGAGACACCGCCCGUCCGCCAUGGCCGAGCUGACAGCAUCCCCUCGAUCGGUGUCACGCCGCCUGUCCCCACCAUCUCCGUGAGUGCUUCUCCUGCUCCGGCCACUGCACUAGCUCGAGGACGCUUCAACAGAGUGUCGACGACACAAGCUGUUUCCACCAUCUCCGUCAACGAACCUCCCUCCAUGACCAGGGGACACAGUUUCAAUGCGCCAGUCAUCAACCUGCCUUCAGAGGUUCCCACCAUCUCUUUCAACGCCACACCAGCACCAGCCAUCAACGCGCCUUCGAUUUCCGUCACCCCCUCAGUGCCAAAGAUCGACGUCAGCGACUCACCUUCAACACGCCCCCUCCCCGACCCCCGGAACUACACCAAGAGAUCUUUUGGAGCACCGCCCAUCGGCGCAUCCCAGCCCAGCCGUCCCCUCCCCAACAACGCCCGCACCCACUGGACUCCAACCACGGUCAGGACCGGCGCUCAGUGCACACACUGCGCCCUGCCCAUCGCCGGCCGCAUUGUCUCAGCAGCCGGGUGUCGAUUCCACCCAGAGUGCUUCGCCUGCUACCAGUGCGGCGAAAAGCUUGAAUGCGUAGCCUUCUACCCGGAACCCUCCGCUAAACACGCCGCCCGCGUCGACCGCAUCCGCGCGCGCGCCUCCGGACGCGACAUCGAAUUCGUCCCCGGCUGGGAAACCGCCGAAAAGAUGCAGCAGCUCGAAGACCAAGACGGCACCGACGAAUCCCCCCGCUUCUACUGCCACCUCGACUUCCACGAGUGCUUUUCGCCCCGCUGCAAAUCCUGCAAAACUCCCAUCGAGGGCGAGGUCGUCGUCGCGUGCGGCGCUGAGUGGCACGCGGGCCACUUCUUCUGCGCGCAGUGCGGCGACCCCUUUGAUUCCUCGACCCCGUUUGUCGAGAAGGACGGGUAUGCGUGGUGUGUGAACUGCCACACGAAUCGGUACAGCGCAAAGUGUAGGAAGUGUCGGAAGCCCGUUACCGAUACGGUGGUUAAGGCGCUCGGGAGCGAGUGGCAUAUUGCCUGCUUUUGCUGUGUUGAAUGCAGUGGCCCCUUUGACGACGGGCGGUAUUUUUUGCGCGGCGAGAGUCAGGAUCCCGUCUGCGUGCGGUGCGAGGAGAGGCGGUUGAAGGCGUGA